AUGGCACUAAGUGGUUGGCCUUCUUGGAUCAUUUUCAUUCUUCUUUUGCAUGUCAUUGCCUCUUCUGGGGCUUCAGAUUCUGAAUUGCUCCUUAAGGUCAAAGACAACCUACAAAUUACCAAUCAUGUUUUAACCUCAUGGAACACAUCGUCAUCUCCAUGCACACAUGAUCAUUCUCAUUGGCGUGGGGUUCUGUGCUACCAAGGAAGAGUGUGGGGGUUGAAGCUUGAGAAUAUGGGACUCAAAGGGCUCAUUGAUGUGGACUCUCUUAAGCAGUUACCUUCUCUUAGAACCUUGAGUUUCAUGAAUAAUGAUUUUGAUGGUACGUGGCCAGAAGUUAACAAGAUAGUUGGUUUGAAGUCCCUUUACCUUUCUAAUAACAAGUUUUCUGGGGAAAUUCCUCCUAAAACCUUUGAGGGCAUGCAGUGGUUGAAGAAAAUACAUUUGUCAAAUAACCAGUUCUCGGGUGCAAUUCCAGCUUCGCUUGCAAUUUUGCCAAGGCUCAUGGAGUUGAGGUUGGAGGGAAACAAAUUUAAUGGCACCAUUCCCGAACUUAGACAGAGCAAAUUUAAAUCAUUUAGUGUGGCUAAUAAUCAGUUGCAUGGCCCAAUUCCUGUUACCGUUAGUAAAAUGCCGGUUUCUUCCUUUUCUGGUAACAGCGGGUUAUGUGGAGCCCCAUUGGAAGAGUGUCCUUCCAAUAAACCCUCAACUGUGAGUAUUGUUGUGGCUGUGGUAGUUGUUUGUGUGGCAGUGCUAGUGAUUGCAGCAGUAAUAUUCAUCCUUCAUAGAAGAAAACAAGGAGCAACAUCAUCAGUGGAGUGUCCACCCUGUGGCCACAAGAAAGGAAAAUCAGCGGAAGCAGGUGAUGAUAGUCGCAGGUCAUCUAGAUCAGUGAGUUCCAACCACAGCAGAAGAGGAGAUCACAUGAAGUUAUCUUUUAUCCGUGAUGAUAGAGAGAAGUUUGAUUUGCAAGAGUUGCUAAGAGCUUCAGCUGAGAUUUUGGGCAGUGGUUGCUUUAGUUCUUCUUACAAGGCUUCCUUGUUGAAUGGCCCAACAAUUGUUGUGAAAAGGUUUAAGCAAAUGAACAAUGUGGGGAAGGAAGAGUUUCAAGAACACAUGAGAAGGAUAGGAAGAUUGAAUCAUCCUAACUUGCUUCCUCCUGUGGCUUACUAUUAUAGAAAGGAAGAGAAGCUCUUGGUUACCGACUUUGUUCAAAAUGGCAGCUUGGCUGUUCGCCUCCAUGGACAUCAAGCUCUGGGAGAACCAAGCCUUGAUUGGCCAAUCAGGUUGAAGAUUGUGAAGGGCAUAGCAAAAGGUCUUGAAUAUCUAUACAAGGACAUGCCUAGCCUAAUUGCACCCCAUGGAAAUCUGAAGUCCUCUAAUGUUCUUCUGACUAAAAAUUUUGAGCCCCUUCUCACAGACUAUGGAUUAGUCCCUGUGAUAAACCAGGAGCUGGUUCAAGACAUCAUGGUGAUAUACAAGUCUCCUGAAUAUUUGCAACAUGGAAGAAUUACAAAGAAGACUGACGUGUGGUGUCUUGGAAUACUAAUUCUGGAGAUUCUAACUGGCAAGUUCCCAGCUAACUUUUUGCAACAAGGUAAAGGAAGUGAGGUGAGUUUGGCAACUUGGGUUCAAUCAGUUGUGCCAGAAGAGUGGACUAAUGCUGUGUUUGAUCAAGAAAUGGGAGCAACUACGAACAGUGAGGGAGAGAUGACUAAACUUUUGAAGAUUGCUUUGAGUUGUAGUGAAGGGGAUGUGGAAAAAAGAUGGGAUCUGAAAGAGGCAGUAGAGAAAAUUCAAGAGGUGAAGGAAAGGGAUCAGGAAGAGAAUUUUUAUACUUCUUAUGCUAGUGAAGCAGAUAUGAAGUCUUCAAAUUGA